GACCCGAGCGCUGCCGAGAGGACCCGAGCGCUGCCGAGCGGCGCCGAUCCCGCAGUGCAGGCGGCGCGGCGCCGCCCGGCACGUGCCCGCGCGCGAAUGUGUGUCAGUGGGGCAGCGCGGGCGGUCACGUGCGGGCGCCGCAUGAGCGGGGCCGCGGCGAUGCCAGCGCGAGCCGCCGCCGCCCCCGCGCGCCCCGGCCCCGCCGCCGGCCCCGGCCCCGGCCCCGGCCCCGGCCCGGCCCCGCCGCGCCGCCCCCGGCCCCGGCCCCGCGCCGCCGCACCGCCCGCCCCGGCCCGGCCAGCAUGGAGAGCAGCGCGGGCGGUGUGAUCCUCUACGUGGGCUCGACGGCGGGCAGCAGCCCCGCGCGGGGCAGCCCCCCCGGCGCCCUGGGGGCCCCCUCGCCGCCGCUCUCGCUGCCCCCCGCCCUGGAGGGGCUGACGCUGGCCGAGCUGGGGGUGCCCCCGCCGGCGCCCGCCGCCCCCCCCUCGCCCAAGGUGGCCUUCCAGUUCCCUGAGGGCGGCCGCUGCCCCGGGCCCGGCCAGUCGCCCCCCGCUGCCCCCCGCGCCGGCCCCCCCAAGCCCAACGGCCUCGCCAGCACCUUCGCCAAGACGGGGGGGAUGGUGCUGCUGUGCAAGGUGUGCGGGGACAUCGCCUCCGGCUUCCACUACGGCGUCCACGCCUGUGAGGGCUGCAAGGGCUUCUUCCGCCGCAGCAUCCAGCAGAACAUCAGCUACAAGAUGUGCGUCAAGAGCGAGAACUGCCUGGUCGUGCGCAUGAACCGCAACCGCUGCCAGCACUGCCGCUUCAAGAAGUGCCUGGCCGUGGGCAUGUCCCGUGACGCCGUGCGCUUCGGGCGCAUCCCCAAGCGGGAGAAGCAGCGGCUGCUGGACGAGAUGCAGAGCUACCUGCAGCGCCUGGGCGAGGGGCCGGGGGGGCCGGGCCCCGAGGCCCCCCCCAGCCCCGACGGCCCUGCCGAGGAGGCCAUCGGCGCCGUCUCCCGCGCCUACCGCGCCAUCUUCGGCGGCGGGCCCCCGGCGGGGGGGCCCUACGAGCCCCCCGAGGGCGCCCGCCGCUUCGGCCCCCCGCCCGCCGGGCGCUGCCCCCCCUGCGACUUCGCCUGCGGCCCCCCCCGCACCUGCCCCUGGCAGCCCCCCGGCCCCCGCGGCAUCCCCGUGGUGCGGGGCGGGCGGCAGCCGGCAGCAGGCCUGGCAGGACUUCUCGCGCUGCUUCACGCCCGCCGUCACCGAGGUGGUGGAGUUCGCCAAGAGCAUCCCCGGCUUCCAGGCCCUGGGCCAGCACGACCAGGUGCUGCUGCUCAAGGCCGGCACCUUCCAGGUGCUGAUGGUGCGCUUCUCGGCGCUCUUCCACCCGGCGCAGAAGGCCCUCACCUUCCUCAGCGGCGACACCUACUCGCUGAGCAGCCUGCGGGCGCUGGGCAUGGGCGCCCUCCUCGACGCCAUGUUCGACUUCAGCGAGAAGCUGGCGGCGCUGGCGCUCGACGCGCAGGAGCUCGCGCUCUUCAUGGCCGUGGUGCUGCUGUCGGCGGAGCGGGCGGGCAUCGCGGCGGCCGAGGCGGUGGAGGCGCUGCAGGAGACGCUGCUGCGGGCGCUGCGGGCGCUGCUGGCCCGCCGGCGCCCCGAGGACGCCGGGCUCUUCGCCCGCCUGCUGCUGCGCCUGCCCGACCUGCGCAGCCUCAACAGCCAGCACGCCGAGAAGCUCCUCGCCUUCCCCAUCGAGCCCUGAGCCCCCGCGAGCUGCCACCCCCCCGGGGACGGGGACGCCCCACCGCCCUGGAGACACUCCAGGGGCAAGGAUGCCCCAUGGCCUUGGAGAUGCUCCAUGGAUGGGGACAACCCAUGGCCUUGGGGACACCCCAGGGACGAGGACACCCCAUGGCCUUGGAGAUGCACCAGGGAUGGGGACACCCCAUGGCUGCGAGGACACCCCAGGGAUGAGGACACCCCACGGCCUUGGAGGUGCUCCAAGGAUGGGGACAUCCCAUGGCCUUGGAGAUGCUCCAGGGACGAGGACACCCCAUGGCCUCAGGAACGCCCCAGGAAUGAGGACGCCCCAUGGCCUUGGAGAUGCUUCUGGGAUGGAGACGCCCCGGGGACAAGGACGCCCUGGGGACGGGGGCACCCCAUGGCCUCAGGGAUGCCCCAGGGAUGAGGAUGCCCCAUGGCCUUGGAGAUGCCCCAGGGACAGGGGUACCCCAUGGCCUUGGGGACAUGUUGGGGACAGGAGCACCCCAGGGACGGGGGCGCCCUGUGGCCUUGGGGAUGCCCCAAUGAUGAUGGCACUCUGGGGACGACGGUGGCCUGUGAUCUUGGGGAUGCCCCGGUGACGAUGGCACCUCAAUGACGAUGGCAUCCAGGGGAUGAUGGCAGUCCAACAAUGGCACCUCGGGGACACCCUGGGGACGAUAGUGCCACCAGAUGGCACCACCAGAUGGCAAUGGCUCCCCAGGGGUGAUGGCACCCCCAUGAUGAUGGCACCCUGGGGACAAUGGCAUCCUGAUGACGAUGGUGCCCUGCGGCCUCGGGGAUGACCCACGGCCUUGGGGACACCCCGGGGGCGAUGGCACCCUGGUGGCAAUAGCACCCCGAUGAUGAUGGCGCCUCCAAUGGUGAUGGCAUCCCAGGGAUGAUGGUGGCCUGGGGACGACGGCACCCUGAUGACGAUGGCACCCCGAUGAUGAUGGCACCCUGGGGACAGUGGCACCCUUGGACACAUAUCAGCACUGGGGGGGGGUUGGGGUGGGUGAAACUUUGCACUUUGGGGUCAGGGCGCCGCUGCCGCAGAGGGUUUAUUUUUUGUCUAAUCUUGAAGUGCAAUAAAGGAAAUAUUAAACAGGA